GAUCGAUAACAGCUUGGCAUCGAUACUCGUGCGACGGCACUAGUAAGCGUUGUGCAUUGUUAUUGCUACGCUGUGUCUCAUUUAGUUUAUUUUCUUUUACAUAUUUGUGUGUAAUCGCUGACAUCGCAAUUAGCGAGUUGGGUUUGAUUUGCUAUAAAAAUCAAAGAGUGAAUGUUACUGACUCGAUUGCAUUUGGAUAUCGGGUCCGUUGUGGUGUUUGCUUGUGCUUGUCAAAACUUGUAAAAAAAACAGCUACAUUUGUUUUGAAAAUCAUGGGUCGCAUUUUUCUGGAGCAUCUUGGCGGACUGAAGCUGGUCAAUUGCGCCCAAUGCCACACAAAUCUGACGAAUCGCAGCCAGUUGAUAAGCACACGCUUCACAGGCGCCACAGGACGCGCCUAUCUGUUCAAGCGUGUGGUGAACCUAACGUUCAGCGCAAUUCAGGAGCGAGUGAUGCUCACUGGACGCCACAUGGUGCGCGAUGUUAUGUGCAAGAAUUGUGGCGCCAAGCUAGGCUGGAUGUACGAGUUUGCCACAGAGGAGUCGCAAAAGUACAAAGAGGGUCGCGUCAUUCUGGAAUAUGCACUGAUCAAUGAGGCGGAGGGUUUCCCAUCCGAAGUCGGCGGCACCAGUCACUGAACCUCAGCCUCCCACUUGUGUCUGUGUGUGUGUGUGUGCAUGUGUGAGUGAGUGUGUGUGUAUGUGUGUGCAUGUGUGAGUGAGUGUGUGUUGUGUGUAUAACUAAGUAUUUUAGUAAAGCCGCUGGCGUUGGCUUCAAUAGAUUUAAGUUUUAAGCAAUUAAUGUAAUUGAAUAAUGAUCGCUAUAUGGCUAGAAUCUGCUUGCUUUAUAUUAUAUAUGUGUAUGCAUAUAGAUUAACCUGAAUUGAUCAUUGGCAGAGUGUAGUAAUUGGCACAAUUAGCAUAUAAGCAGUUCUAAAAGUUCAUACAUUAAUAUAUAUUUAUGAGGCUGAACAGCUAAAACCACUCCCCAUCUCCCUUUUUGUAUGGCUUGGCAAACACAUAAAUAUAAAUAGAUCUCUAGUUAUCUUUGUAAAUCUCAGCAAAGUCCCGCCAAACGACAACGUUUACGGAAAGGAAUAUGGAAAAGAGAGGGCAAGAAACACCCAAUAUGCAAUCUUAUGCAUUAUAUUAUUGAAAAGGAUAGAAAUAUGUUUAGUUUUAAAUUGAAUGCGUGGAGCUUUUCUAUAAAGUGAUUUCUCGGAUAUACAUAUGUUGAACAGAUGACCGUUCAAUUAUUAUUUGUUAUUACUUUCCAUUUACUGGAAAAUCACGUUUGUUGUUCAGGUUGAAAGAGACAGCGCGAUCAUACAAUGUAUGUGUUAAUGUGUGAUGCAAAUACAGAAAUGUGAAAACUUUUAAUAUUGGACAAAAUAAAUGCGUAACUUUAAUGUUAUAACAAACCGUAA